GAUCAUAACAAAACCUAAAUAGUUUUAUUUGUUAGUUUUUAUUGUUUUGUGAUGGCCUCCAAAAAAAUGGAUUAUUUGGCCGUGCCAAUUGAUGAACCAGAAAAAAUGGAAGAACAACAAAGACCAGUAACGCCUCGUUUAUUAAGUAAAUUAAAACGACCACGUUCAAUAAAACUAAUGCAAAAUGAAAAGAAUUUGUUAAGUUUACCGAUCAAAAAAGAUAUAUAUUCACCAACAAUACAACAACCACCAGGAACUGGUUUAUCAAAUUCUUCAACAAAUAAAUAUUGGCAUCGUACAGAAAAUAAACAAACGCGUUUAAAUACACAUUUAUUACGAAGUGUAGAAAAUGGAAAACUUGAUUUGGUUUUAAAAUAUUUAUCACUAGGAGCGAAUCCAAAUACAAUAUGUCGAUCAAAUCAUCUAUCAGCAAUUAAUUUAGCUGCAUUGUUAGGAUUUAAGGAUAUAAUGAUUGAAUUAUUAAAUCGUGGAGCUUGUAUUGAUUUUGAAGAUAAAUAUGGCCAAAAUAUAUUACAUUAUUUGGCAUUUGCCGAAAAUUUAGAAUGUAUGCAAGAAAUUAUAAGUUAUGCAAAACAAACAAAAACUUACAUUAAAAAUAUUUUGACAACAAUUAUAAAUAAACGAGCUGAUGAAAGUGAACCAUUGAGCGUGCCAAAAAUUUUUCUCGAUAAUUUAGAGCACAAUUGUGAUCAAAUUAACAAUUUUAUCCCAAUUUUCGAACGUGGAAGUACUCCUCUCCAUAUAGCCAGCCAACAAGCAAAUGUCGACAUUUGUUAUCUCUUAAUUGAGAAUGGAGCAAAUAUUGAUAUUGAAGAUGAUCGAGGUUGUUUACCAAUGAACGUUGUCGGAGAAGCUUUUCUAAAUACAGGCGAUGAUGAUUUACAAACCGAGUUAACCUGUUUUUUAGAUUCGCUAAAAUUAUUUAUAAAUUACGAUGCAACAUUUACGGAUUCAGACAAAUGUUAUAUGAAUAAUCCAACACCGUUGCACACUGCCAUUGAGUUGGAGCAUUUAGAAUCAGUUAUACUGUUAUUAAAUAAGGGCGCAAAUCCGGCUGCAUUGAAUAGCGAUGGUGAAACUGCAAUGCAUUUAGCAAUUACCAAACAUAAUGAGGAGAUAUUAAAAGCACUUACUGACAAAUGGAUUCAAACACAUGACACGAUUAAUAUUAAAAAUAAUUCAGGAUAUACUCCAUUUCAAGUUGCGGUUGACUUGCAAUGGAUACCUGGUAUUUAUAUACUAUUAGAGGCUGGUGCAAAUGUGACUGAAACUGCUCAUAAUGGUGAUUCAGCAUUACAUAUUGCAGCUGCGUCUGGUAAUUUAGAUCUUGUUAUGGAAUUAUUGGAUAUACCAGAAACUAAUCAAGUACUGGAGUUACGCAAUGAAGUUGAAGAAACUCCAUUAUUUUGUGCUGUUAAAAGUGGUAAUAAAGAAAUUGUAAAAGCAUUAUUAAACGCUGGUGCGGAUAUAUUUACUGAAUUAUCCCAUCACCGCACAUUAUUGCAUCGAACAGUUGAAUAUGGUUACAGUGAUAUUUUAAAAGAGUUAGUAACAACGGUUUUGGGUAAAGGUAAAAAACAAUGGUUGGAAAAACGUGAUACAUUAUUAUCCUCAGGUCGAACUGCUCUACAUAUCGGUGCAAGUCGAAAUGAAUAUGAUUGUGUUGAAAUACUUCUAGAGAGUGGUUGUAAUGUUUACACAAAAACGACUGAAAGUCCUUUUAACAGUUCUACAGCGUUGCAUUUAGCCUGCCAAAAUGGCCAAUAUAGGAUAGUUGAACUCUUGCUACAAUACAAACUCGACAUAAUUCACGACAAAGAUGGAUCAAACUGGAAUGCAUUACAUUUAGCUGCUACCAAUGGCCAUCGUAAAUGUGUAAAAAUCUUAUUACAAAAUGGGGCUGAUUUAUCUGAAACAGCAUAUAUUUUCGGGAUGAAUCAUCGCUGUGUUAGUUUAUCAGCUUUCGAAAUGGUGCUGUAUAAUAUAUCACGUCCAACUGAAUUUAUGGAAGAAGUGUUUAAUUCAUGUGUAACAAAAAAUGAAUUUAGUGUAAACGAUCCUAAUUGUUUGAUUCAAGUCGACCACUCAAUUUUAAUGCCAAGUGGUAAGCCCAAAGAAGUAAUGAAAGUAUUAAAAACAAUAAUGAAUACAGGCAAUCGUUUUGGACAAAAACGGCUAUUGUUGCAUCCAGUGGUAGAAAGUUACUUGAAUAUUAAAUGGAGAGCAUUAUGUUUAUUUUUUUAUCUAAUAUUUUUUAUGUAUAUAGUGUAUGUCGUAGCAUUAACGUCGAUCGCAUUAACAUUAUUCUUUUUGAACGAGUAUGAAAAUAAACAGUACUUUCAUGAGCAAGUAAUACACAUUUCUUGCUAUGUGGUACUUGUCGUUUUGGUGGUUAUCAUUAUAAUGGAUAUUUUACAUGCAAUUCAAAACAUAAAAAAAUAUUUGACGACAUUAGAAACAUGGCUUAAAUGGGUAUCAUUUGUCUUGACUGCAAUAGUAGUAGCGGUUGAAUUCUGUCAAUUACCACGUGAAGAUUGGUUACGGCAUGUCACCGCAAUUGCUAUUUUAUUAGUAUGGAUAGAAUUAAUGUUCUUAUUUUCACGUUUCCCUAGUUGGGGAUACUAUGUACUUAUGUUUUUCAAAGUGGCGAAAAAUGUACUGAAGGUAAUUUUAACAUUCAAUUUUUUAAUAAUUGGAUUUGCAUUCGCCUUUCUAAUCGAAUUUCGAACGGUACCACCAUUUUCAAAUCCGAUCGAAGCACUUUUAAAAACAAUUGUCAUGAUGACAUCUGAAUACGACUAUUCUGAUUUAUUCGAAUCAAUGAGCCAAGACGUUACAUUGACACCUACAUUGAUAAUUGGUCGAAUUGUCUUUAUGGCAUUCAUAAUUUUAGUUUCAAUUGUUUUAAUGAAUCUCAUGGUUGGUUUAGCUGUUAGCGAUAUCACUGUAUUAGAAAUUAAAGGACAAAUGCAACGAUUAGAAAAACAAGUUGAAUUUUUAAGCGCUUUAAGUUUUUUGGUACGAUUUAAAGAUGACAAUAAUUCCUUGUUUCGAAAAGAAUUAAAUAAUUGGGUGCCAAUUCAAAACAAAUCAUUGUUAUUUUAUCCUGGAAAAUUUGCAACAAAUUCGUUCACUGAUGUGAUACCCUUAGAAAUAUUAGAAAGUUUAACUGACAUUGCUGAAAAAACUGAACAAGAAGAUGAAAUCACAAUUAAUAUGCUCUCUGAAAAGCUUGAUGAAUAUAUUACGGAAAUCAAAGGUAAACUGGAUCAAUUGGAAAAAAAACGUGAUGAUUAUAUACAAAAAAGACUAAAAGAAAAGGGAGAUAAACCAAAAAAAAAGUUACUUAAUUACUUGCAAAGUAUUAUGAAACGAAAUGAGGGUAAUGCUAUACAAAAUAGAUCGUCGGCUAUGCAAAGUACAGAAAAUUUGUAUGAGCAAAUGAAACAUCCAGCGCCUGUAUGUGUCACAAAUGCACAACGUUUAGAUAACAUUGAGGAAUUGCUCAAGAAUAUAUCCAAUAAAAAUAAUUUAUAAACUG